AUGAGUCAACACCGCUCUGAGUCAACACCGCUCCCGGCGAUGGCUUUCAUCACGGAGGGUAUUCUUCCGCUUCCAAAGAUUGCUCGCGAGGCACUCAUCACCAAAUAUUGCCCGCAACACCUCCAGGCUCAUGUCAGCGCCAGUGCCACAAACAGAGACUGCCUGGCCCGUGUUUACCUAGGCCGUCGUCUGCCUGCUACAGUUCCGCUCGCACCCAAUUUCACUUUGCGCAACUACAACCUCUGUUUAGACCAGGUGGUCGAGCUCAAUCUACCAGUCGAACUUUAUGCCGCCGGGAUUGGGGAAGCCUUGGCCAUCAUCCACUGGGCGGCUAAUGUCGAUGGAUAUGAAGUUGAGUUUGUUCUUGGUAGUGAAGGAGAUGCUCGCUACACCCAGGAUAUCUCAUCUUCCUUGAACUUGACUUGGGAGCAACUGGCUGCGAUGUCUCCCCAUAGCAAUGUCGAUUCUUUGAUGCGAGCCAACUUCAAGCGCCGCACUACGCGCUUGUGGGUCCUUGAUUUCAAUCUCUGUAACAUGUGGGAAGAGAAGGUCGGGUGGGAAGACCCGGACUCGCUAAUCUCGCAUCUCGUUGUGGCCUUCUUUGAAAACGACCCGUACUUUCCUCUUCCUCUGAUGGAGCUGGACAUCGACAGACAGCUCUGGGCAACCUUUACCGCGGCGUACCUUAGCAAGGCAGGGCACAUUCUCGCAGCGCCAGGAAAGGAGAGGCUUGUCAGUCUUCCCCAGAGAUUUAUCGAUGCCUGUGUUCUGCGGGAGCAGGAGAGUUUGGAUAAGGGGCUUGGCCAUGGUCAUCGAGAGUGCAAGGAUUGA